AUGGAUGAAGUUGUUGAAAAAUUCAAUAAAGCCACAGGUGAUAGUGGUUUUGAUGAAGGAAAUAAGUAUCGAUUUACUAUGAAGAGGUUAGAAAUAUGCAAAUUUGCAGAGUUAUUUUUUAAAAUUGAAGAAUUUAGUUCUAGUUUUCAAAAAUUUUGUAAAGAUUGUCAUGAUUCACAUGGAAACAAGAUAUCUAAUUUGUAUAGAACUAAUUUAUAUCUUCUUGAUAUUAGAUUUUCAUUUAAAAAUUAA